UUUAGGCGUGGCCUCGGGUAUCCCUGAGGAGGCCGGAUCCCCGUACUCGAGUGAAGUCGCUGCCCGGAGAUGUCGGCUGAAGCCCCAACGCCCUCCCUCGGCCCCUCGCUCCCGGCCUGCAUCUCUCUAGCAGCGGUGUCUUUGGUGUGCUUCGUGGCUGGAUUCGGAACGGGCGCGGAGUUCGUUCGCUUUCUGUCAUUCGGGGCGAUAUUUAAGAACAUCAGCGGGGAUACAGCGGCUGAGCCCCCCUUAUCGUGGGGCGAUGCGGUGGGGGACGCCACCAUCCUGCGCUCUCUCGGGAUAGACGCCGCUCUGCUCUUCCUGUUCGUGCUGCAGCACAGUGUUAUGGCCUGCUCCGCAGUCAAAGGGACGGUGACGCGGAUAUUUGGUGUCCUGCAGCGCUCCGUCUAUAUCCUCUGCACCGCCGUCUCCCUCCAGGUCCUGAUAAGGUACUGGCAGCCAUGCCCACGUGGGCCGUUCUUGUGGAGCGUGUCUUCUGCUCCAUGGACUGCGUGGCUUCCUCUGCUCUGCGUGCUUCUCCACACCAUAUCCUGGCUCCUCAUAUUCAGCGUUCUGCUGAUCUUUGACUACGCGGAGCUCAUGGGCUUAAAACAGGUUUACUACCACUGCUUUGGGAUGGGCGACCCUCUGUCUCACAAGUCCCCCCGCGUGGCCCGCCUCUACGCCCAUCUCAGACACCCCAUCUACCUGGAGCUGCUCGUCAUCCUGUGGGCCGUGCCCUCGCUCCCCCCGGAUCGCCUGCUCCUCUCUUCUUUUCUCACGCUUUACGUCUCUCUGGUUCAUCGCCUGGACGUGCAGGACUAUACCUACCUGCGCUCCCAGCUGGAGAAGAAGUUUAUGCUGUUCUCCCGCGAGGAGGCCGGCGGCGACAGGUGGGGAGCGUCCAAAAAGGACUGAAAAACAAAUGGAAUGAAA